UAACUCUUCAGUUUUCUUAUGUUUAUUACAAAGCGCAAAUGUCUCCUUAAAAGUGCCUUUCUUUUCUGUGAAGUAGCCAGCUCGAAUUAUUUUUCUUUGAAUUUUACGGGUUUCGCGUCUGUCGUCUAGUUUUUUGCCAGUGUUUUGUGCUAUAUUUUUUGUCAGAAUGCCUGUGUUUCACACCAAAACAAUCGAAUCUAUUUUGGAACCCGUUGCACAACAGGUUUCCAAACUAGUGAUUCUUCAUGAAGAGGCGGAAGAUGGGAUCCCCAUGCCCGACCUCGAACAGCCAGUGCGGUCCGUCAGUAACGCCGUAUCGAACUUGGUUAAGGUUGGUCGGGAUACUAUUAACAGUUCGGAUGAUCCUAUCUUGCGUCAAGAUAUGCCCACUGCCCUGGUUAGAGUCGAACGGUCGUCGAAAUUGCUGGAAGAGGCGAGUGCUAGACUGAAAGAUGAUCCUUAUUCCGCUCCAGCUAGGAAAUUGCUGAUAGAAGGCAGUGGCGGAAUUCUUCAGGCAACCUCUGCCCUUUUGUUGUGCUUCGACGAAUCGGAAGUGAGGAAGAUCAUCAGGGAGUGCCACAGGGUGCUCGAUUACCUCGCGGUAGCUGAAGUGAUUGAAACUUUGGACGAACUUGUUCAGUUUUUGAGAGAUCUGAGCCCAUGUCUGAGUCGGGUGUCCAGGGAAGUGAGCGACAGAGAGAAGGAACUCACUCACCAGGUACACUCAGAGAUCCUGGUGAGAUGUCUCGAACAAGUGAAAACGCUGGCUCCCAUCCUCAUAUGCUCGAUGAAAAUCUAUAUCCACAUAGUGUCGCAAGGCGGCAAGGGGGCGGAAGAGGCGGCCGAGAAUCGCAACUACCUCGGUCAGCGGAUGACCGACGAGAUCAACGAAAUCAUAAGGGUGUUGCAGUUGACCAGCUACGACGAAGAACAGAGUGAUUUAGACAACCUAACCGUGUUGAAAAAGUUACAAAACGCGAUUCAGAAUAAAAUCAACGCUGCAAACGAUUGGUUAUUGGACCCUAACGCAGUGAGAGGCGGUGUAGGCGAGAAAUCUCUCAGGCAGAUAAUUGAGGACGCUGAAAAGGUAGCUCAAAGGUGUCUGCCCCACGACGCAAACGUCAUCAACAAACUGUGUUCCGAUCUGACCACCAUGACGGAUGCUCUAUGCGAAUUGCGUCAGGACGGCAAGGGGGCGACUCCGCAGGCCGAGUCCCUGGCGCGCGGCAUAAAAGAGAAGCUCGGCGACCUCCAGCAGGCAGUUAUCAAUGCGGUGGUGGCGGUCGACAAGGCCGGGUUGCAACAGACUGCGCACACAGUACAGGGAAGGCUGGAGCAGGCUAGGAAGUGGCUGUCGAAUCCGGGCCGCGAUGACAAGGGGCUCGGCCGUAGGGCCAUAAAUGCCAUCGUUGAAGAAGGGCGCAAGGUGGCGGACGGGUUGCCGGGUGUCCAGAAAGCUGAAAUUCUGCAGCUGUGCGACGAGGUAGACAGUUUAAGCAGGCAACUGUCUGACCUGUGCGCGCAGGGCAAAGGCGACACGCCCCAAGCGCAGGAGAUAGCGCGCAGGUUGUCGCAGAAACUGCACGAGCUCAAAGAGAAAAUCAACCAGGCGGUGGUGAACCGUGUCGUCGAGGACUUCAUUGACAUCGUGACGCCGCUAAAGCAGUUCACGGAGGCGGCGCUCGCGCCCGAAGGCACCCCGAACCGCGAUCAAAACUUCCACGACAAAGCGGCCAACCUGCAGAACUUUUCUGUUCGCGCGGUCAAGACCGCGAGGAUGGUGGCGGCAGGCGGCAGCGGCGGCAACAAGAAACUGGCGGAGGCGUUGCAGAGCGCCGCCAACCAAGUGGAAAGCCUGACGCCGCAGCUCGUGUCCGCCGGCAGCAUCCGGAUGAACUAUCCGACGUCGAAGGCGGCGGACGAGCACUUUGAGAACCUGAGGCAGCAGUACGCCGAUACGGUGACGAAAAUGCGAAACCUCUGCGACGAGGCCACCGACUCGGCCGAUUUCAUCAAAGCAUCCGAGGAGCAGAUGAAAAAGCACACAUUCCUGUGCGAAGAGGCGAUCAAGAACCGUCAGCCGCAGAAGAUGGUGGACAACACGUCAGCGAUCGCACGCCUCGCCAACCGUGUCCUCCUGGUGGCGAAACAGGAAAGCGACAACUCCGAGGACCCUAACUUUAUCGAGGAGGUGACCAGGGCCGCAGAAGCGCUGCAGGGAUGUGUGCCGCCGAUGGUUCAGGAUGCCAAAGCGGUUGCCGUGAAACCUGCCGACGGUCUGGCCGUGUCGCGGUGGCGCGAAUCUAACAAACACCUCCUCAACGCUGUGGGUCACGUGAGGAACGCGGUCCAGGUCAAUCCAGAGCUGCCACCAUUACCGGACAUGAACGACCUUCACCUGGAAGCCACCCCGAACAGAUACUUUGUCGAGAAAGUGGGGGCGUCGCUGCGAAACACCCCAACACCCGGCAGGGAGUACGAAGGGGCCGUGAGUCCCACGCAGCACCCACAAGGCUUGAGGCCCGUAAGCCCGUUGCCCAAAUGGGCCAGAGGCGACAAUUCCGAUCUGCUCUGUCGGGAGCUGCUACCUAAUAACGUAUAUCAAUCGUCAGGAUAUUACAGCUUUAUCCCCGAAUACAUCAUCGAAGAUGAGCAGGCUCCGCCGCGUCCGCCGCUGCCUUACGACGGGGCCCCGAUGCGGCCUCCGCCACCGGAAACCGACGACGAGGACGAGGUGUUCAAGACCGCUCCGAGCGCGAGCCAACCCAUCAUGGUCGCCGCGCACAACCUGCACCGCGAGGUGCGCCAAUGGUCCGCGAAGGACAACGAGCUCAUCGCCGCCGCGCAAAGGAUGGCCAAGCUGAUGGCGCGGCUGUCGGAACUCGUCCACAACGACGACAAAGGCUCGAAGAGGGAACUGAUCGCGACAGCCAAGGCUAUCGCGGACGCCAGCGCAGAUGUCACCAGGAUCGCCAAGCAGCUGGCCCGAGAGUGCACGGAUAAGAGGAUCCGCACCAAUUUGCUGCAGGUGUGCGAGCGCAUCCCCACGAUAGCGACUCAGUUAAAGAUUCUCAGCACGGUCAAGGCCACAAUGCUAGGAUCUCAAGGUUCGGAAGAGGACAGGGAAGCGACCGAAAUGCUCGAGGGCAACGCCCAGAACUUGAUGCAGAGCGUGAAGGAGACGGUACGCGCGGCCGAGAGCGCAAGCGUCAAGAUACAUGCGCAAACGCACGGCAAGCUGCGAUGGGUGCGCAGGCAGCCGUGGUACGCAUACGCCUAAGGCUUGGGGAAAUUUAACAUGCUGGUCUAAGCCCUAAAAAACGAACGUCAUAGUGGACAUUGUUGGUUUUUUUCAACCUAAUCUCAAAUUGAAACCGGUUGGGAGGUGACCAACGGGGUGUCCUGAGGUGCAGCUAAGAGCCAUAUAAAAUAAUGGGAACGGGGUGUAGCAUUUUGUCACGCCGUAGUUUCAGGCAACUCAGACAAUCGGGUAGAUUUUCUUGCUUUUCCAGUAUCCAGUCACGUGUCAGCUACAACUAGUUUAGACCAGCGUGUUUAUAAUCGACGGCAGUUUAAUCAUGAGGCUCCCUCUUGGUUUGCUCGUUAUUUAUUUAGGUCGGAAUAUUUGUGUUCACUACGCCAUUAAUUUAUUAAUCUUACGUUAAUAUUAAUUAGUAACUAAAAUAAUUACAUAUUAUUGUAGUCGGUUCUGUUAUUUUUUCGUCCAGAUCAUGCAAUAUUACCCACUAAGUGGCGUCUCAUAUUUUUUUGAGCUUCUUUUAUGUUCGUCACUAGUGAUAAGGGUAUACUUUAAAUUGUCAGUGAUGUAGACUUGCCUUGCCGAGAUAGAGUUAUUUUUAUAUAAUGCUUGUUACAUGUUAUAGAAGUUUCACUGUAGGGUGUCCGUGCAAUGGUGCCAAAUUUAUGGUAUUUCGUUGUGGCCGAUAAAAUUUCGCAUUUCGACGAAGGGUUGUGUAUUUAAUAAAUGAAUAAAACUUUGGUAAGUGAAAUUUGAUCGGCGUUUUUCAGGUAAAUCGUCAACGAAGCAAUAAUAGGAAUGUACGUUAAGUUUUCGUUGGUGUCUUAACUCGGUUUUCCUAAUUUUUCUAACUGUCCGGGCGUCAUUUUGUUUUUGGGAAUGAACUCGACUGUAACAAAACCCAAUGUAAUCGUCGUAUUCUUUAUUUUAGAAAAAUGUUUGCCGGUUAUUAAAGACUUUAAUAUUGAA